CACAGCGGUAAGAAAGCCUAAUCUAACAACAUAAAAUAAAGAUAUAAACAAUCGAAUACAGCAGCAACAACCUUUACGUAUUGUGAACAAAAACAGCACAGCUCUUGACUCAAAAAACAAUACCUCAUAUUCUUUCAGUGCAUAAACAGUAGAACAAAAAACGAGAAAUUGUUCAUGCGUUGAUGAAGAGCAGAUCGAUGAAAGAAAUUGCAGAUCUCAGAGAUGCAAUAAAAAGGGAGAACACGGCAUUCAGAACAAAUCUCAUGAACGAGUUGAGCACAAUCACCCACAAAAAGAAAAAAGAGAUAAAGGCACUGCUGCACCGGAAGCGAAAGAGGCUUAACGAUACAAAAAAGGAGAUAAGCACGCUUUUGAACGACUUCGACUCGAAAGCGAUAAUUGCUGACCUAAACAAAAAAAUCGAAAAGUUUGGUGCGAUGAUUAUUAAGCAGCAGAGUGCGCUUGAAAAGCGCAUUACCAGAAUAAGAAAAAUAAAGGAGGCGAGUUUCUCUGAAAUACACGCCUAUUUAGAGGAACUGAAAGGCGUACAGAACAAAAAUAUGCGAUCGGUUGACAGGCAAGCGGCAUACAUCCAGAAAAACAUAGAGAAGUUUACCAGAGACAAAGACAGUGCCGGUGAUAAGCUGUUCUACAAUAUGGCAAAGCGUUAGGUAAAGGACUGUUUUAC